GAAUUAUCUGAAUAGAAGCCCGGUAGUUUUGGUUACUACGUUACCCUUCGCAACUCGUGUUUCAGAGUUUGAGAUUACUUCAGAUUCGUUUUUGGGACAUUGAUGUAAUUUGUUCUCUGUAUAAAAGAAUUAAUUUACAGAUAGUCGGUCUGUCAUAUAAUUAGCGAACCUUGUUCUACAUGAUCCAAAUUAGUAUCAGUAAUAUUUGUAAAAGUACUCAAAUUCAAUUAGGCAUAUGAUAUAUGAACUGUUCAGCUGAAAGAUCGGGGAAUUCUGAAACGAAUUUCAUCCGUUUUUACAAAUAAAAAAUGUGAUAGAUGUGAACGUCUUAUUUAUCACAUUUCUCAGCAACCACAUACGACCAGCCUUUGCUAUUUAUGAGUUCUAAUUUAUCUGUGGGUCAUUAUGAUUGUGGUUAGUAGUGUCUUGUAUAUUUUUAUCUGGCUGGAUCUUAUGAUUAUCAUAGAAAAUUUUCUCCCCAACUUCUCACAAACAACAUUUGAAUUUUGUUCAUUAGUAUAAAUAAAAGGAUAAGCGAAUUACAAAUGAAUCUGUUUACAACAGCAUUGGCGUUAUUUGCACUAAGCUUAAACGUUUUUUACUCCCGUCAUAACACAUACCAGACCAUAACAACUAUCACUGAUGAGGUUUCAGUUUUAGUUUGGCCAAUGUUAGUCUCUGUAUUGGUGAUCUUUCAGAUGAUCCAACUUUCUUUUAAAAGUAUCGACAGAUGGAGAUUCAAUCCUGCGCUGAUUUGAUGAAUUUCACUCUUUGAUGAUUCGAUGAAAAAUUCGAUAGUCAGCUGACAAGUAAUUUGUUCUGGACUUGUGAACUUUUUAAGGGUGUCCUCGUAGAUCCACCGUUUUCAAAGACAAAGAAAGUUAGGGCAUAUCAGACGCGUUUUCAUCACUAAAUAAUUUAAAAAUUGUGAUUAUGUUGCCUAUGGUUCUUCUAUAUCACAGGGAAAAGAUUUAAUUUGGCCAGUUUGUCAUCGUACUGGAUCUUUGAGAUCCCGUGGAUUAAGGUAGUUGCGGUUCUCUGAACCCUUUCAACAACUCACUGUCUCUUUAGGCAGGGGCUAGCCGUACUCGCAGUACUCAAAUUUAGGACGUAAAAAGACUAUACAAGUCUGGAAGGUUUUUUGAAUGGACGUGGCUAAAGGCUCUACGUACGACCACAAGUUUCUGAAAUCUUUGGCAUCUAUCGAAUGGCAGUGUGCAGUAGUUUUUUAAUCUCGGCCAACUCCUAGAUCAUUAUGUAACUGGACAACAGGUAUUUCACUGCUAUGCACCGUGUAUGUAUCUGUACCUUGGUGACCAAUAUGCACCAUAAUGCACUUGGAAUAACUUAUGAAAAACUGCCAAAUUUCGACCAUUUAGAUCACUUUUCCAGAUCACCGUUGUUGACAGCAAUAUGUAAAUCAAACCAGAAUUUCACGGCCACCCCCAAAUGCCAAGGUACGGUCGAGGGUGGGGAGGGUCAGCUCUCCCUCUCAAAAUGUUCUCACAUGGCCGCGUGCAUGAAACCACUGCCAGGAAAGUCAUACUCAAUGCCUUCUCGCGGCAUUACUGCUGUUUACGAAAUCGAGAGGACAAAAGUCGAAUUUCCGGUGCUUUAGCCGGGUUGGUGGACACGGAAGACCCACCUUGGGGAGUUGGAAAACCCUGGCUCCAAACCAAUGGUGAACAUAGGCUCUAGGAUCCUGAAAGAACAAAUGGCGUAUGAAUUAAUCGUUGGUCACUGGCUACCAUGGGAAUGUAUCUUCUGACGUUGCUCCACUGCUUUGUGGGUCAGACCUUUAGGUCGAAGGCUCUGGGUGGGGCCCCUUAAUAAAAUCACCUGCUUCGAUAUGGGUACCCGGGUAGUAUCACAACCCACAGGCAAAUCAAGUGACUUAUGUGGCGCAUAUGUAUUCGGUGCCCCUUUGUACCAACAUUUAUGUGUUCAAAUAAAUAAAAUAAAAUGUUGUAACUAACUAAUUCACACGUCCCACUCUCAUGGGAUAAUAUUUCGAAUGAAUGGAACUGCUCCUCCUCCUCCUUUACGCUUCUGGAUUCUGUCGGCUCUUACUAGUGUGGAACUUUCUAAAUCAUGUUCCCUACUGUCUACAGACUGAGUCAGCCAAGUUUCUUUAACGGUGAUUACAUUGGCUUGGUAGGGUCUAUAUGUACACAUAGCUUCGAUCGCUUGCUGAACAAGCUCCGGACAUUUGUGUAACAGAUCUGAAGACCAUUUAAAUGCCUUCGUGCUGCAAACAAAGUGGCUUCAACAUCAUUCUCUAUUGAAGCCUCAUCAUCCGAAAAUUUAAAACUAAGGUCCUUCUCGACAUCACCUAAUUAUAAUUUUUGUUGCUUUUCAGCUUCUCAUCUUUUCAUAUGAUUCCCCAGCGGUAGUCGGAUUGGCACUUUGCGACAACCCAAUCAAGCUGUAUUAGGUGGAUUACUUGUUAUUAAAAAUCCAUCCUAGCUAAGCAGAUCUAUUAUAAAGCUGUAAGAAUUGCUUACAUUUGUUCAAUAAACCAAUUAAGAUCAAUGUGAAUGGCUACGUUUUUAAUAACAUAAAAUCUAACUGAUAGGUUCUGCAGUUCACUCGAUCAAUCGUUUUUACACUUCAUAAAUACGUCAAUUUGAGUCAUCAAUCUGUCUAAGCGUCUUGAAAUCAUUACAAGCCUACAAAAUAAAAUAUACUCAACUCUUCAUCAUCAGGUCUGUGCACCACUCCCUUUUCGCGGUUCUGUCCUCUUGACAUGAAAAACACCAGGAUAUGUAUUUAUUAUUCGUAUCAGCAUGACAAUUUAGUGCUGAGAUUAAAUAUUGCCAGAUUUAUAAAACAUUGUCACGAGAAUUAUCGUAAACACAAAACCGAUCUAAUACUUAGAGUAAUAUUCUUUUAUUCUACACUCUAGUUUCAUGUUUAUUGACUUCAUUUUCGCCCCUUAUACUUUAUUUAAAUUCUUAUGAGUUCUAUAAUACGUGUUGUGUAUCUUAUUCAAUAACUAUGCAAAAUGUUAUUUUGGUUUGAGCUUAUUGGUGUACUUUAUUGUGCCCAGUUAUCUUUAAUUCAUGGUAGUUUCGUCUUGCUAUUAUCGAUUGUAGGUUGAACAUCAGUAGUUGGAACAGACUUAUCAUACGCUUCCAAUAAUUUGGCGGACGUUCUUAUUAUUUGGCAACCUAAAAUUUUCUAUUCAUGACUCGUGACUCCAACCCUCAGUCCUCCACUAACGAACGUUUUCAAAAUAUAGACAUAUUCAAAUGCAACUUCUUUACACAGUUUCCUUUGUCUAAAGAAACCUUGAAGGGGUUAAAAUUGUCAGGUUACACAAAGCCUACUGCGAUUCAAAAGCUAGUCUUAAAACCUGCCCUUCUUGGACAAGAUGUGGUUGCUGAAGCACCUACUGGUAGUGGCAAGACGAUUGCUUUUGCAAUCCCUGUGCUUGAACUUCUUCAUCAAAACAAAGUUUCCAUGUUUGAUGGUCCAGUUGCUAUAAUUCUUACACCAACUCGUGAACUAUCAAGACAGAUUUUCAGCGUAUUUGCCAAAAUCGCUCGUGAACACCAUUUUACUAUGAUGAACAUUAUGGGCGGCAAAGUCUCGGUUUUAAAAAAUCAAGAAUGGAAUAGUAUAUCACGAGCAAAUAUUCUAAUAGGAACUCCUGGUCGAAUGGCUCAACAUCAAACGGAAAAUUCACUACUUGAUACAUCUAAUUUAAAAUUACUUAUAUUAGAUGAAGCUGAUAGAUUGUUGGAUCCAACUUUCCGUGAAGAUUUAGAAGUGAUUCUUCAAAAUUUAACUCCUGAUCGACAAACUCUAUUGUUUUCAGCCACUUUAACAAAAGCUACAGAUCAACUUGUUCGUCUUAGUAUGCGUAAUCCAAUAACUGUGUCAGUCAAUAAUAAUAAUAUUAACAGUACUAAUAAUAAUGGUACAACUUUAUCAAAGGAAUUACAUACACCAUCUGAACUUCUUCAGUAUUAUGCCAUAGUUCCAUUAGAACAAAAGUUAGAUACAUUAUGGACAUUUCUUCAAAGUCAUUGUAAAAAGAAGAUCAUUGUAUUUUUCUCAACACAAAAACAGGUUCGAUAUGCAUAUGAAUUAUUUCAAUUACUUAGACCAUAUUUUAAAAUUCUACAACUUCGUGGUAAUAUGAAUCAACAAAAACGUUUUCAAGUUUAUGAUCGUUUUGCUAAUUCUCCACAUGGUUCCGUUCUGUUAGCUACUAAUUUAGCUGAACGAGGUUUAGAUUUUCCAAAUGUUCAUUGGGUUGUACAAUUUGAUUGUCCACAUUUUACUGAAGAUUAUAUACAUCGUAUUGGUCGAACUGGACGAAAUGGACAUAUAGGUCGAUCAAUUUUAUUUUUAUUACCAUCUGAACAAAAUUUAAUUAAUAUACUUGCUAAACAUUCUGUUGUAUUAAAACCAGUAAAAUUUCCUGAAUCCAAAUUACAACGAAGAGUUUCUAAAGAAUCGUCAAGUUUAUUAGCACGUAAAUUGGAAUUAACUCAAUCAGCACGAUUAGCAUUCACUGCUUAUCUACGUGAUUAUUGUUUAAUGGCUAGACGAAAUCCAACUAAACAACAAAAACAACAACAAUCUAAUGAGCUAUUGAAUGUGUUCAAUGCAAAAGAUCUACCUGUAGAAAAAUUUGCUAAUUCACUUGGUUUACCAUUCAUAUCAUCACUUCCAAAAGAAUUCAUUCAACUUGUUCCAGAUUCAGUUAAAUUGAUUAAAUCUUUCCCAUCAGUUGUAUCAAAUCUAUCUGAUAAUAAUGACAAUCAAUUAUCGACUACUACUUCUACUACUACUACUGAUAACGUCCUCAGUCCAAUGAAGAUGAAGUUGCCUCAUUCAACAAAAUUAAUCUCAUUAAACACUAAUAAUAAUAUUGAUGAAGAUGAUGAUCAUAAUAUGGAUAGUGAUGAUAAUUUAUUAAUUAAAAAAUCUUCAAUCAAUGUGAUACCGAAUGAAACUCAAUUAAAACCUUUAGAUCUUGUUCAAGAUACAAGUUCAGAUGAUAAUGAUAAUGAUAUAGGGGAAAAUGAUCAGCAAAAGACUAACCAACCUGAAAAGAGUAGAAAAUCUGUAAAUAAAUUGAAAAAAUUAAGUCGUAUUCAAUUAGCAAAAAAAGAAUUAAAACAAAAGAUUCGAUCUCAUCGAAAACUAGAAUUUGACGAUGAAGGUCAUGUAAUAUGCGAGAAAAUUGGUGAUAUCCCUAUUGCUAAACCUCCAAUACCUAUUAACGAUCAAAUUGAAACAACAAUGGCAUCAAAUGAAGCAUUAAACAUUGAUCAAGAACGUCGUUUAUUACAUGAAAUUAUAGAUAAAGAGGAUAAGAAAUUAUGGAGACAACGUAUUCGUCAACGUCAUCAAGCUGAACGUAAAAAAUUGAAAGAGGAAAGAAAAAAAUUAAAACAAUUGAAUGGUCCAAAAGUUUCAUUAAAAGAAAAUUCAUCUGAUUCAAAUAUUGAAAAUGAAUCAGAUUAACUGAUUUAAAUGAGCAAUUUGAUUAUACUCGAGAUCAAAUGCAUGGAAAGAUUAUCAAGGAAAAAUGGAUUAACAUUUUUGACGCUUGUCAAUAUUGUAAAUAAAUUUAUGAAAUGAAGAAAAAACAACCGUAUUU